CCUGCCGCGGGCAGGGCACCUCGGGCUGACGUGCACAGCUCGCGGAACGCAGGCGGCGCCAGGGGCAGCCGGGCGAGCGCCGGGGCUUCGGCGGUGCAGGGCGGGAGGCGGAACAGGAAGGCACAGGCGGCGCAGCAGCUUCUCCCGGCGCUGAGAGGGGGCUCGUGGUGCCCGCCCCACCCCUGCUGCCCCAGGCUCCUGUAGAGGACACGUGUCAGCACGUUCCCGCCGUUGUCGUCUCAUCCCAUGUCAUAGCCCCUCCCCGGGGCCUGGGACACCCCCUCCUCCGGCCCCAUUAUUCCCAGGCCCAACCUCCCACGCAGAACCGAGGUCCCGGCCGGGUCCUUUUCCUCCACCGGCCCGUCUCCCCAGCCAGCGAGCGCCCCGGCCCGGCCCCCAGCCGAAGACACUUGACACACGGUCUUACCCCUGUCAUCUUAUCCCUCAGCCUAGUUCCACCCCGGGCCUGGGAACCCUGGUGUCCUUGGCCCAUUGUUCCUGGGCCCGGCUCCGCACUGACCGCAGGCUCGGCCCUAGCCCCUGACCCGCGCGUCUCCCCCGGCAACGCGCCGCCACCCGGGAUGCAGCCGGCAGGCUGGGCGGCGGUCAAGGAGGCGGCGGGCCGCGACGUGCUGGCUGCCGACCUCCGGUGCAGCCUUUUCGCCUCGGCGCUGCAGAGCUACAAGCGCGACUCGGUGCUGCGGCCCUUCCCCGCGUCCUAUGCCCGCCAGGACUGCAAGGACUUUGAGGCCCUGCUUGCAGAUGCCAGCAAGUUACCCAACCUGAAAGAACUUCUCCAGUCUUCUGGAGACAAAGACGUACGGGCCAGGGAUCUGUUCGAAAAGAUCCAAAAGCUGACUGGUGCCCCUCACACGCCUGUCCCCGUGCCGGACUUCCUGUUUGAAAUUGAAUACUCCAACCCAGCGAACGCCAAAUUUUAUGAGACCAAAGGAGAACGGGACCUAAUCUACGCCUUCCACGGGAGCCGCCUCGAAAACUUCCAUUCCAUCAUCCACAAUGGGCUGCAUUGCCACCUGAACAAGACGUCCUUGUUUGGGGAAGGGACCUACCUCACCAGUGACUUGAGCCUGGCCCUCAUUUAUAGCCCCCACGGCCUGGGAUGGCAACACAGCCUCCUUGGCCCCAUCCUCAGCUGCGUGGCUGUGUGUGAAGUCAUUGAUCAUCCAGAUGUCAAGUGCCAAAUGAAGAAGAAGGAUUCCAAGGAGAUAGAUCGCAGGAGAGCAAGAAUCAAAUACAGCGAAGGGGGAGACGUCCCCCCAAAGUACUUUGUGGUCACGAAUAACCAGCUCCUGCGAGUGAAGUACCUGCUGGUGUACUCACAGAGGCAGCCCAGCAGGGCUUCCAGCCAGCUGUCCUGGUUUUCCAGCCAUUGGUUUAUGGUCAUGAUAUCCCUGUAUCUGCUGCUGCUGCUUAUUGUGAGUGCCAUCAAUUCCUCAGCUUUCCAUCACUUUUGGAAUCGUGCAAAGAGAUAAUCCCUUGGGGCCUGGUGUGGGGGCCACCUCAAUCACGUGCCUUACGAUAUAAUCUGUUCUGUAUCUCCCUUGCCCCAUGUGCAACCGGGUGGAGUCUGGGGGCCAGCUGGGGACCACAGGACAAUUUUCAUACACCAUAAAUGUAUUGAUUGCCUUUGACAAUGCUCCCGGCCACACUCUGGUCAGUGGGGACCAUGAGGCUCCUCACUCUGAGGUUUCAGGGGAGUCCUCCUGUCUGCUCCUUCCUAAACAAUCCUAGGGAGUUGGCUUUUCCGCCAGGGCCAAAG